UUCAUUGCCUGAUCAACACCAGUUCUCCUUUCAAUCUUUUUAAAUAUCUACAAAGAUUGACUAUUUACACAUCAAAUAAAUACAUAAACACAACAAAUCUGACUAAAAAUGAGUUUUUAUUAAAUAAUUUAUUUCAACUUAUUAACUAUAUCUUAAAAAAUUGAAGUAAUGUAAAAAUGAGGUGAUUUAAAAGUUGUUUUAAAAAUCAAUGAAGUGAUAACAAUGAUGACGAUCCUGUUUUUUUGGAUCGUAUUGAUGACUUCAUCAUACGCUCAAAUUAUUAAUCGAGCUCCUCAUUUUAUUCAUGGAGGUGAUAUGUCGAGGCUUGCAGUUUCUGAAGGAACACCACCAGGGAUUGCCGUUUAUACACUACAAGGUGAAGAUCCUGAAAAUUCUGAACUUCAUUAUUCAAUAAGUGGAGAAUAUUUUACGGUAAAUCGAGAUACCGGGGUAGUCACUUUACGAAAACAAUUAGAUCGAGAAACUCAAGAUCUUAUUGAAGUUAUCAUAAGUAUUACUGAUGAAGGUAUUGCAGGUUCAGAACCUAAUACCGUAUCAUUAAGAAGAGAAAUAGCUGUGUUAGAUGAAAACGAUAAUUCUCCGGUAUUCCAUGGACGUCCUUACGCAACGAGAAUAGCGGAAAGUGCUACCGUUGGUAGUUUAUUACUUCCUGAAAAUACUAUUAUAGUGACUGAUCAGGAUGGUGGUAUUAACGCCGAUGUCGAAGUCAAAUGUGUAACUAUGUCAAAUGAAGAUGAUACAUGCUCGAUUUUUAACAUUACCACUGAUAAAAUUUCUGAAGGAAAAUUUGAUAUUAAAAUACAUCUAGUACAAUUAUUGAAUUACGAAAGAAGAAGUUCAUAUCUAAUUACACUUCUUGCAACUGAUGGUGCUAGUGAUUCUACUAAACGACUAAGUUCAAAAGCUACUAUUGCCGUUGAUGUAUUAGAUGUUCAAGAUCAACCACCUAUUUUUUUAAAUGCUCCUUAUAGUGCUGCUAUACCAGAAAAUAUGUUUCCAGGCUUUACAGUUUUAACAAUAAAGGCUCGAGAUGGUGAUACUGGUGAAUCUCGUAAUGUCAUACUUAAUCUUGAAGAUGAUUACCUUAAUCAUUUUGAAUUAAAGACCUUUCAGGAUGGAGACAUUACGGUGGGAAAUUUAAUAACAACUGAUGUUGCGCUGGACCGUGAAGAAGCAAAAAUUCUUCAUGAUGGAGGAAUUUAUACUUUCAAAGUGAGAGCAACAGAAUUAAUUAAUGAUGAAAUACCGGCAGAUACUACCACGUCUAUAGUAACUAUUGUUGUAACAGACGUUGAUGAUUUAUCACCCAAAUUUAAUGAAAAUUUUUAUCAUAUCAAAGUAUUAGAAGAUAUUGGAGUCGAAACACCUCUUCCCGGUCUUAAUAUGAUAGUUAGUGAUGACGAUGUAGGUGAUAAUGCCAAGUUCAAUUUAUCAUUAAGAGAUGCACCAGGUUAUCCAGGAAUUAGUAGAGCUUUUAAAGUAAAUCCUGAAAAUGCUCAUGGUCGUGUUCCUGUAGUAAUUAAAGUUAAAGAUCCACAAGUUUUAGAUUAUGACGUUGAUGAUAUUUUAAAACGUGAAUUAGAAUUUGAUGUUACAGCCUCGACAAGUCAAAGAGUUGUUACAUUUGCGAGAGUUCAUAUUAAAUUAUUAGAUGCAAAUGAUCAUUCUCCAAAAUUUUCUCAGGAUCUCUAUCAACUAUCUAUUCGUGAAGAUUCAAAACCAGGUACAAAAUUCGGCGAUAUUUUUGCAACAGACGCUGACAGUGGCAUUUUUGGAGAACUAACUUAUACUUUACGUGGUUUUGGCGCAGAUAAAUUUCGUACAGAUUCAAAAUUGGGAGGAAUUUGGGUAGCAAAAACUCUAGAUUAUGAAAUUCAAAAAUCAUAUUCAUUAACAAUGGAAGCUAAAGAUGGUGGUGGAAGAGUAACAACAGUAAAUAUUCUUAUUGAAUUAGACGAUGUUAAUGAUAAUAUCCCAAUUUUCGAACACAAAGAAUAUUCACGAACAAUUAGAGAGGAAGCAAUAAGUUUUGAACCUCAAAUGUUUGUCAGAGCGACUGAUGUUGAUGGUCCAGCUCAUGGAAAUGGUAAAGUAACAUAUUCAAUUACGAAACAAAGUGGAAUGAAUAAAAAUGUUUUUGCAAUUAAUUCUCAAACUGGAGAAAUAACAAUGAAUUACCCAGUUAAAUCUGGCGAUACUGAAAGGGGACUUUAUGAAUUAGAAAUUCGUGCAACUGACCAUGGAUAUCCUCCUCUUUAUUCUGAAAUAAAAGUUUUUAUUAGAGUUGGUGUUCCUGGAAAUCAAAGACCAAUUUUUAGAGGAAAUUACAAAGGCGGAUCACCUGGACCCAAUAAUUAUCGAGCUAGACUUUUAGAAAAUGCAAGUUCUGGAACAGAAGUGAUUAAAGUUAUGGCAAAUGAUCCUGACGGAAGAGAUAGUUUAAUUCAGUAUUAUAUUGCAUCUGGUGCUAAAGAUAAUUUCGUUAUUGAUUCAGUUUCUGGAAUUAUAACUGUAUCUCCAGAUGCUCGAUUAGAUCUUGAAACUGGAGGAGAACAAUACAAUGUCGUAGUGUAUGCUGUUGAUUCUGGAACUCCUGUAAGAGAAACGGCAACAACAACAGUCACAGUUUCUAUAUUAGAUGUUAACAAUAAACCACCUAAAUUUAAUAAUUUAACUUAUUUGGUAUAUGUCUCUGAAAGAGCUGCAUUAGACGAUACAGUGCUUAAAGUGUCAGCAACGGAUCCCGAUUCAGAUGCAAAACUCAGAUACUCAAUUAUAGAUCCUAUAAAAGCAGUAGACAAGACUGGAGUGGCAUUAAAAAGUACAUCAUCUUACGAUUAUAAAACUGCAUUUAAAAUUAAUUCAACAACUGGAAUAAUUUCUGUCAAUCGAGUUUUAGAUUAUCAAGUAGCAGCUGUAAUAAUUCUAACAGUAAAAGUAGAAGACAUUAAUGGGAUUGUCAAUAAAGAUAACCAAGUCGAUAAAGCUGAAGUAACGGUUUAUAUACAAGCAUUUCGUGAUGAUAAUCCAAUUUUUUUGAAUUCCGGAUGGUCAGCAAAUAAUCCAAUCAUUCGAGUAACAGUUCCUGAAGAGCAACCAUUAGGAACAACACUUUUAAUGCUUUUAGCAAAAGAACCGAGUGGACAUCCCGUCCAAAGGUUUGAAUUAAUAAGAAAAGAUGAUGAUGAAUACUAUGUCAAUGUUGGAGUUCAAAGUGGAAAUAUUGUAUUGAGUAAAAAGUUAGAUUAUGAAUCUUUAUUGGAUAAAUUUAUCAAAUUUAAAGUUCGUGCAUUAGCUAGAGAUUAUGAUAUUACUCGUAGAAUGUCCGAAGCAACAAUUAUUAUUGAUGUACAAGAUAUCAAUGACAAUAGUCCUAUUUUUUCUCAAAAAGAAUAUAAAGUAUCAGAACGUGAAAAUUCGAAAGCAGGAAAAAUUAUUUUAAAUGUUAAAGCUACAGAUAUUGAUAGUUCAAUAACAGAGCAAGAAAUUAGAAGAGGAUUUGGAGAAGUUCGAUAUGCGUUAACUGGUGAAAAUUCCAAUUUAUUUGAAAUAGAUCCGAUUAAUGGUAAUAUUCAGAUAGCUGAGAAUAUUACUCUUGAUCGAGAGAGACAAUCUGUUUUACGAUUCUAUGUUAUAGCAUCUGAUAUUCCACAAGGAGGAGCUGACCAAAAAACCACUAGAGUAUUAGUAACUGUUAAUGUACUAGACGUUAAUGAUAACCCUCCAUAUGUUUAUCAGACUGCUUAUACUGCAGUAAUUGCUGAAAAUGCUCCAGUAAAUGUUUCUGUUAUUAAUAUUACAGCUACCGAUCCUGAUGAAGGUAAAGGAGGAAUAAUUCACUUUGAAAUUAUUGAUGAAGGUGAAGCUAAUGGAUUAUUUGAAAUAAAUCAUCAAACUGGCGAAAUAUAUUCAAAAAAAAAAUUAACCGGCAAAGGUAGAACUGAACCAUAUAAUAUGAGAAUUAGAGUUCAAGAUGGUGGGCAUCCAAUUCUUUAUACAGAUGUUUCAUUGAUACUUUAUAUUGGUGAUGUUGUAAGUAAUGAUGGAGUACCUUUGUUUAUCAGGCCAACUUUAGAUGAAAUUGCUUUUAUUUCUGAAAAUUCAACUAUUGGAAGUCCAGUAUUUCAAGUUGUAGCAUCAGAUCCCGAUGACCCAAAUUUACCUAAUGGAAAAAUUACAUUCAAAUUCCUUGAAGAUGGUAAUUUUGGAAAUGAUGCUAACACUUUCAAAAUUAACCGUGAUACAGGAUUAAUAACAACAAAAAAAUUAUUAGAUCGAGAAAUUAAAGAUAGUUACACCUUAAUUUUAAUUGUACAAGACCUUGGAAGCCCUCCUCAACAAGCAUCAAGAAUUCUACAAGUUAUUGUUAAUGACAUUGAUGAUCAUAAACCACAUUUUAAAAGAAGUCUUGACAGUCCACCGAUCGAGAUGACUGUUGAAGAAGAAUCACCUAUAGGAACUUAUGUAGGCGUAAUUGAAGCUCUAGAUGAAGACAUUGGAGAGAAUGGAAUGAUUGAUUACGUAUUUAUUUAUGGAAAUGAAGACGGACUAUUUUCCAUUGAAAGAUUCGACAAUAAUUCUGCUAUCAUCAAAACUAUAGGAGAUUUAGAUAGAGAAAUAAAUGACCAUUAUUUAUUAACAAUUAAAUGCUAUAAAUAUCCAGUAAAAAAAUCUGAUGUAAUUCCAAAACCUUAUAAUCGCCAAGACCCAUCAGAAAGGCAAAUUUUGAUCAAACUUAUUGAUAUCGAUGAUAAUAAACCUGAAUUUAAAAAGUACAAUAUAACAUUAGGAGUAAGAUUAAAUGUACCAAUUGAUACAAGUUUAAUUACAAUAGAAGCAUAUGAUAGAGAUCCUGAUGCUCUUCCAAUUAAUUAUAUUAUGAGAGAAGUAUAUUUUACAUCAUUAGCUGAACCUUCAUUGUCUAAGAAGAAAAUUCCACCUUAUUUAACUCUUAACCCUAAAACUGGAGAAAUUAGAACUACUGGAUCUAUGGCAGGAUUUGCAGAUGGUUUUAUGGAAAUUUCAAUAACUGCAAAUAAUUCUAAAAUACCAGAAAAAGAAACGAACAUCACGUUGAGAAUAUUCUUAUUAAGAGACCGUGACAUGUUAAAGUUCGUUUUUUCAAAACCUCCAGUUGAAGUUAGAAAAACAUUAAAUGACUUUGAAAAGGCUGUACAACAAGCUUUAGCACUACCUGUAACUGUGAAUGUUUACGAUACCCAAUUUUAUUCAAAAGAUGAUAAUUCAUUAGAUUUUUCUUCUACAAGCUCUUGCUUCCAAAUGGUUGGUAAAGAGGCUUAUGAUCUUAAAGAGAUGAAAUCAUUAUUAACAGAUUCAAAAAAUGAAGAAUUGAAAAAAGUUUAUAAGAAAUUCCAUGUAGAGAAGGUCCAGCAUUGUGCUGCAUUAGUUGCUCGAGCUGAUGCAUCAAUUACUCAAAUGUGGGUUCUUAUUAUUUCAGCUCUUGUUGGAAUCGCUACUAUCAUUUCAAGUUGUACACUUUGUUGCUUGCAUUCCAAGUAUAAAAGUCGACUAAAACAUGCUCGAUUACGGGAUCAAACUCGUCCACCUUUAAGUUUUGUUUCUUCAGGACCAGGAAUAAUGAAUGCUCAAUCGAAUACGACUUUAGGUACUCUUGGACCUAGUACAAUGGUAACAUUAGGUCCACAUGACGGUUCAUUCGAAUGGGGAGCCGAUACAACUCUUUACCAUCCUAGUACGUUAUCAAGAACGUAAUUUUGUGAAUAUAUGUAUGUAAGUUAGUAAUUAAUGAUUAUGGUGCUCUGAAGUUGGUAAAAAGCUUUGUACAUUACGAAUUAAUUAAGUUAAGUUGUGUAUUAUAGUAGUCAUAUUUAAAUAAUAAUCAUUAUUUUAUUUGUUUACCAGAAAGAUUAUGUACAUUUUACUAUAUUUAUGUAAAAAAAAUGUGAAGAUAUUAAAAAAAAAUACAUUCCAGAUUAUAUUUAAUCUUUAUUCAA